AUGGCAUCAGGAAACCUUCAAUGGGCAGCGCCUAAACCUUUGAAAUUAGACGGGAACGUCAGUGAAAACUUUCGCAAAUUUGAGGAGCACUGGACGCUCUUCGAGAAGACUGAGCUGAAAGGACGGUCUGAAGAGGAAAGAUGCUCAUACUUUCUUCUAUGCAUUGGAGAGAAAGGCCGAGAAGUUCACAAGACCUUGACGUUCGCUACGCCAGAAACAGAGACAAACCAAGAGGGGGCAACAACGUGGAAGAGAACAACAAACGAGCUAAAAUCAGCGUUUAAAACCUACUGUAACCCGAGAAAGAACAUUACGUUCGAACGACACAAAUUCAACAUACGGAAUCAAGAAGAAAACGAAAGCAUCGACCAGUAUGUGACUGUUUUGCGCACUCUCGCAGCAACAUGUGAAUUUGAGACACUUCACGAUGGGCUAAUUCGUGACCGGAUAGUUUGUGGAAUUCGUAACCAAAGUAUUAAAGAACGUCUACUUCGUGAAUCUGAGUUAACCCUGCAGAAAACCUUGGAUAUAUGCCGAGCAUCCGAAGUAUCUCGCAAGCAAGUGAAGUCCCUAAACGAUCAGAGUUCCGCCAAUGUCGACGCAUUGGGGAAAGACCAGCGAAAACACAAUUACAGAGGGAAUUUUCGCAACCACAACAACAAACCGGAAAACGGAAAACCCCCAAACAAAUCCUGCGGUAAUUGUGGUCGAGUUCACGAGCUAAAAUCUUGCCCUGCAUAUGGGAAAAAGUGCAAUAACUGUCACAAACUAGGACACUUUGCCAAACUAUGUCGAUCGCAAGCCAAAAACCCAAAGAAAUCGGUUCAUGAUGUAGAUUAUGAAAGCGACUCCUCGACGCACGGAAUUGAUAUGGUGAAGACAGCUGUGACAAGUGACAAUGACGAAGAACACGCAUCUCUUAAAAUUAACAACACGACAAUUCGCAUAAAACUCGACUCCGGAGCCGAGACAAACGUUCUAACAAAGAAAGAUUUCGAAGCCGCUGUUCCAAAACGACAACGUCGUAGCAAGCUCAAAACGAGCGCCGCAAAACUGACCGCUUUCGGGGGCCAUAACAUUCCUGUCAUCGGAAAAUGCUAUUUAAAGUGUCAAUACAAAGGAGCGACUGAAGUACUCGAGUUUCAAGUGGUCGAGACGGGCAAAUCCUUGCUCGGAUGUAGAAACUGUAAAAGUAUGAAACUUAUAACCUUUCAUAACGUAGACCAGCUGCGCAACAAGCCAAUUAACGACGCGUCACCUCAAAGUUCACUAAACGGACUUACAAGUGAACAGAUAUUCGAGAAAUAUUCCAAAUGCUUUGACGGAUUAGGACGCAUAUCAGACCCUUAUCACAUUAAGAUUAACCCUGACGCAGCGCCUGUUGUUCAUCCACCUCGUAAGCUUCCUUCAGCGUUGAGAGAUCGAGUCCAGAACGAACUACAAGAAAUGGAAUCCAGGGGAAUCAUUAAGAAAGUCAACGAGCCCACGGCAUGGGUAAACUCCAUGGUAGUUAACGAGAAACGCUCGGGAAAAUUACGUAUAUGCAUCGAUCCACGAGAUCUGAACAAAGCUCUGCGUAGAGAGCAUUACCAACUCCCCACACAGCAGGAGAUAACAAGCCGCCUGACAGACGCCAAAUUCUUCAGUAAACUGGAUGCGAACUCUGGAUUUUGGCAAAUGCCACUUGACGAAGAGAGCUCUUAUUUGACGACAUUUAAUACGCCAUUUGGACGCUAUCGCUUUACUGUGAUACCAUUUGGUGUCGUGUUUGCACAAGAGGUGUUUCAUAAAACUGUCAACGAGAAAUUUCAUGAUUUACCCGGAUGCGAGACGGACAUCGAUGAUAUUUUGAUUUGGGGACGAACACUGGAAGAACAUGAUCAAAACCUUGAACGUGUCCUCAAUCGAGUGACAGAUAUCAAUAUGACACUUAGCAAAGACAAAUGUCAGUUUCGACAAACCAAGAUAACCUAUCUGGGAGAAACGCUUACGGCAAAUGGUGUCAAGCCUGACGAGACCAAAGUUGAAGCAAUCAAGAAUUACCCCAAACCUACGAACAAACAUGACGUCCAACGACUGUUAGGCAUGGUCAAUUUUAUCGCCAAGUUUGCACCGAACAUUUCAGACGUCACCGCACCUCUGAGAGAACUCAUCAAGAAGAACGUUGCAUUCCACUGGCUCGAAACACACGAGAAAGCGUUUCGAGAUCUACAGCAUUCACUAACUGACCCUGCUACUCUGCGUUACUACGAUGUAGCAAAACCAGUGACACUCCAAGUCGACGCUUCACAAAACGGUCUUGGAGCUGCUCUAAUCCAAAACCAAGGUCCAGUAGCUUACGCAUCGAAAGCCAUGAACGACACACAACGACGCUACGCACAGAUCGAAAAGGAACUGCUGGCUGUUGUUUUCGCCUGCAAAAGAUUCCAUCAGUACGUUUAUGGUAAAACCAUUACUGUCGAAAGCGACCACAAGCCUCUGGAAGCUAUUCUCAAAAAACCCUUGUCACAAGCACCGAGUCGCCUCCAGAAAAUGUUAAUGCAGCUACAAGCCUACGACAUCAACUUGGUUUACAAGAAAGGAAGUGAAAUGUACAUCGCUGAUGCGCUGUCACGUGCAUUUCCUCCUGAGAUAAUACCAGAGCAAUUUGAAGAAGACAUAGCUUCGGAGCGAUUCAUCCAUCUGAUGUCAUCCGAGUCUUACGUCACUAACCGGAAACUCCAAGCCAUCAAAGAUGAAAUCCAUACAAACGAAACAAUGCAACUUUUGGUCAAACAGAUACAAGAUGGAUGGCCAGAUCAUAAGAUACUGGUUCCAAGUGAAGUACAACC